GUGAAUCGGUGAUUGAUCACGUGAUCUAUCAGGUAUCAGAUGAAAGUGGGGUUACAAUUUUUUAUUUUGAUUUUUGUUUAUAAAAAAUUUCAAGUAUAGAUAAAUAGAUAUUUAUUUACAUGAAAAACAUGCAUAGCCAUUUAUAAUCACUGGUCUUCUGUGCCCUACUUAUUGCUACUACCGUGUGAUAAUGAAAAAUAAAAUCCCAGAUGGUUGGCUUGAUUGUCCAGCGAACGGUGAAUACCUUGUAGAGGGAAAGUUCAUGGCUUUAAAAACACCACUAGAAAAAUAUAAUGCUAAAUUUCCAGUACAGGCAAGGUAUCCACCUGAAGAAAUUUUCAAAAGAGCUGCCCAUAAUAAAGUGAAGAUUGGACUAUGGAUAGAUUUGACAAAUACUACAAGAUACUACUCAAAGAAGUCAGUAGAGGAUCAAAACUGCCAAUAUGUAAAAUUGUGUUGUGAAGGACAUGGUAUAGCACCAUCAAGAAGACAUGUUAAAGAAUUCAUAGACAUUGCCCAUAACUUUAUUGUCCAUAAUCCUUGUGAAUCAAUAGCUGUGCAUUGUACGCAUGGUUACAAUAGGACAGGAUUUUUAAUAGUGGCAUUCUUAGUGGAACAAUUGGGUUUUAAAGUUGAGGAUGCAAUAGAUAGAUUUUCCAAGGCAAGACCUCCUGGUAUAUACCGAUCAGCUUAUAUCAAAGAGCUAUUUCUAAGAUACGGUAACGUGAAAAAUCUACCCCCACCACCCAAACAGCCAUCAUGGGUCAUCAGAGGACAUAAGCAAAAAUGCAGAAAGCGGUAACACUAGAUUUGAUGCAGUUGUUUUUUAUUAUUGUUGUGAUUUGUUAUACAUUAUUUAUAUUAAAGGCAUUUUUGUUUUGCAAUUUAAGGUCCUUAAAUAAUGAAUAGUUUUUUUUUUGGGGUGAUGUGAUCUGUUGCUUGACAAGUGUUUGAGUCCAGGACCUAUGGCGAUACUUUUUUUUCAAAAAGGCCCUUUAGUUAUAUGUAGGGUACUCCAAGAGCUGGGACGAUCCUUUACACAACGUAUAGUUCAUGUAACAGUAAGUGGUGCGGUGGCGUAGUGGUUUACCAAUAUGAGUCUGCUAAAGUUUGAGGAUAACUGAGUUAAGUUACAAAUAAAUCUGAAUUCGUCCCCCAAUCCUGCACUCAGCGUGAAAAGGUACAACGUGAGUCGGUAAUGAAUCUAGGAGUUGCGCUUUGUAUAGCUUAAUCGAGCGUUUGUUUACAAUUCUAAAAUGAAAAAACUAAAUCGGCACGCUUCUAUAGCAAUUACGAAGUUAUGGAUUUGAUAUUGAUUUACGGUGUCUUCAAGGUGCUGUUGAUACUUCGCGAGUGCAAUCAGAUCAUUUUCCUGGACGUUUACGUCUCGAGUCGCAUAAAUUUGUUUCUCUCGCACAAAGUCCGUUUAUAGGGACGUCGAUGGCAUUGUUGCCAGGCCUGGUCGAUCAGUUUUCGGUAGAAUCAAAUGCUGAAAUGUUACUUAAAAAAUUUGAAGAGCGCAGGAUUGCACCAAAUCAAAAAUUUGGGGGGGGG